CUGAGCCUCAAUUCCUUGUAAAUUCCUUGUAAGUUAAUAGAGUGUAUAAUAUAAUCACCUCGCCAAGGUGAGAAAGCUCGUGUGAAAAAAAUCAGCGUCCCUCGUCCUCAAUCAGAGCGCAGAGACCGGAGCACAGCGUGGAGCUGGGCGGUGCGGAGGAGGGACCAGGCGGAGGAAACAGCCUAUCAAAGGUUAACUGGCGCCGCAACUGCUGAGAGGAUUGUAAUAGACUUGACAGUUCCUGAUGUGUGCCGUUCGUCAGCGGACCGGACUUAGUUCACCACAAUUAAAUCAGAGCAAUUAAGCAGUGAUCGAAUCAGUGAGGACUUGCGCGUUCGAGCUGCAGACCUUGAUGCCUCGCAAUAAAGCGCGUGCCAGAGUGCAGGAAAUACCCGCGACCUUAUUCUAAUCAUGACAUUAAGUUUUUCGCCCUUCUCCAUCCAAGACAUCCUCACCGGACGUGAUGCCAGGGGGAAGCCCGGUGGGAGGAGUGCAGAGGGGCACUGCGCACCGAAGCGCAACAGCCGCGCCGAGGACCCCGAUCCGUCUCACCAGGGCGCGGAGGAGGAUCGCAUCCAGUCGGGGAGACUUCCUGCUUAUCCCAGCCUGUCUGAUACCUGCAGCGAGGAGUCCACAAGAGAGGAGAGCGAGCACAGAGACCAAGGCCAGAAAGCACACUGUGAGCAGCGGGACGAGCGGCAGAAGACGGAGGAUGGAUAUCACCGCAGCGGGGAGUCGGCCAGCUGUUCAUCCGAUGAGCGGCAGUGCAGGCCGGGCACCAAAAAGCGCUCCAGAGCGGCCUUCUCUCACGCACAGGUCUACGAGCUGGAGCGCCGCUUCAACGCGCAGCGGUACCUCUCGGGGCCCGAACGGGCCGAACUGGCGGAGUCUCUGAGACUCACGGAGACUCAGGUGAAAAUCUGGUUCCAGAACCGGAGAUAUAAAACCAAACGGCGCCACGUGGCGGUCGAGCUUUCGGAACCAAAGAAAGUCGCGGUGAAGGUGCUGGUGAGGGACAGUCAGACGCACUAUCACCAGGCGAGUGGAUUACACCUCCCACUGACUGUGCCUCCGUACCAGGGCUUCCAGUACCACCCGUACCUGCACUACUGGUGCCAGCCGUGGCGCAUGAACAGCAUGCCGUGUGGAGGGAUGCGCUGAAGCGCCUUCAGAGAGACUCAAAGUGUUGGCAGCUGUUUUGGAUGACGGUAACUUUGGAGAUUGUACGGUUUUGUUUCCUACUCUGGUUGUGGUUCAUCUUAAAUCUAGAGCCAGUGUAGCCUCCCUUUUUCUUUCUCUAAAGCAGGACAGUUUCAGAGCUCGGCCUGCUCUCUGGGGUUCAGAGAUGUAAAGGAUCAUCACUGUGAGGUGCCACAUUUAGACACCAUCAGACACCAUCACAUGUCGGCUGAUUAGAUUAUUACUGUGUGAGGAAAAAAAAAAAAUCUUUGGCACUUCAGACCGAGAUGUGAGUGUGGUUAUCGAUUUGUAAUGAUUUGCAACACAAAUAAUCAUUUAAAGGCGAAAUACUUUUGA